GAUUUUGGGUUGUCCUGCCUUCAUCGUGAUGAAAUCGGUUGUGGAACAAGUUAUCGCUUCCUUUUACGUCCACCGAAUUCCAAAAAAGAUGAAGAUGAGGAGCUGUUGAAUGUAAUGCGUGAACUAGCUGCAAUGCAAAACAGCACUAUACUCCUAGGAGACUUCAAUCUUCUGAUUGAUUGGAAAAACGCACGUGCACUUUCUUCAACUUCCGCUUCUUUCUUGAAUUUCUUUAAUGAGGGAUCAUUUCAUCAACAUGUGCAACAACCGACCCAUGGUAGUAAUAUUCUUGAUAUUAUACUAUCGACUUUCCCUGAUGUGAUAAAUAUCACUAUUAUCUCCGUUGGCCAUCCCGACUUGAAAAUCGACUUCUCAGCACUCAAUUCACAUUUAUUGAACCAAGGAUUCUGUCAUAAGCUAUAUGAAGCACUAUCAACGUUUGUCCCCAUGAGAUUCCCUAAGGCAUUUUGCUUCAGAUAUCCUCCUCAAAUUAAAAAUCUUAUUAACCAGAAGGAGCGCUUAUUUCACGAAUUAGAAAACCCUCUAAAUAAUUCACUAUACGAAAAGGUCUGCUCCGAUCUUGAUUACAUCUUAAAAAGAUUUCUGGCCAAUCAUGAGCGUCGACUCGCUUCUCAGUCGUCGUUGAGACGGCUACACUUAUAUGUUAGAAGUAAUCUCAAACCCAAGUCCUCCCUCCCAACCCUAACUGACCUACAAGGCUCACUACUUUUGAAUGAAAAUGCUAAAGCAGAAAGCCUUGCUCAGUACAUUGCGAGCGUUUUUUCAAAAGUUAGCUCACAGAGUGAAACUUCAAUGAUCAAAGCCCAUAUUUCACGCAAUUGUCCUGAUAUCUACUUCCACCCACAUGAGGUCUGUACCAUAAUGAAGAAAUUGAAACCUUCUCUGAGCGAACCAAUUGAUGGCAUUCCUCAGAUA